AUGCCACCUCGCGGCAUUCCGAACCCGCUCCACGCCUUCAAGCGGCGGUCGAGCAUCAACAGCAGCCUCGAUGGCUUCAACGCGAUGCCAAAGAGUCCUGUCUCGCCCGACGGCGUGAUGGAGGAGCUCGGGCCAGGGAGCACCUCGCUUCGGGCGCGCGUCCAGGCAAGGCGAGCUCGCAUCCCGCCGCCCGCAAAGACGUGCGAGCGGCUGCAGGUCGGCGUGAUAGGGGCGGGCAUGGCUGGGCUCUACGCCGCCAUGCUGAUCAAGUCGCUCGGCAUCGAUUUCGAGGAGCUGGAGGCCGCAGAGGCGCCCGGCGGACGCGUGCGCACGCACCACUUCUCCGAGGAGGAGUGGGACUACGUCGAUCUGGGCGCGAUGCGCGUCCCCAAGAUCCCAAUCAUGGACAGGGUUGUCGGCAACAUUGACUGGAAAGCCGACCCGUUCCACUUUUCGACGUCAAAGGGUGGCAAUGUGCCCGACAAGUUCGUGCACGAGGGGCCCGACCACUGGCUGACGAAGGUGAUCCAGGAGUACCUCGACGCACUCAGCAAGAAUUUCGAAAGCGGCUUCCGAAAGCUGAUGAGCAUCGACUCGAUGACCGGGCGCCAGCUGCUCCUCGAUGACCGGGCGCCAGCUGCUUCUCGGACCCCCAUCGUAAUUGACAACCUCGACCUGGGCCCGGGUAACGAGGACAAGUACUGCCUCAUCGAGGGCGGGACAGCUAAGCUGACCGACGCGAUGGUUGCCGAGAUCGCCGCGGGCCAUGGGCCGUGCGUCCAGACCGAGCACGAAGUGCGGCGCCUCACACCCUCUGGACAGGGCGUGGUCGUCUCGGGGGUCGCUCGCGAUGAUGACGACUUUUGCGUCGAGUUCUCCAAGCGGUACACGCACGUCAUCACGACUGUGACGAACCACGCCUUCCGGCUGAUGGAUACCACCGACUGCAACCUCUCGCUCGCGAAACGGACCGCGCAGCGCUGCCUGACGUACGACCACUCGACCAAUGUGGCCCUCAAGUUCAAGACGCGAUUCUGGGCAAGGGGCGCAGCGCCAAUCCACGGAGGCACCUCAACGACCGACCUGCCCAUCAGACAGGUCGUGUACCCGUCGUAUGGCAGCGAGUGGGACACCGGCGUGCUCAUCGUCUCGUACACGUGGGCGGACGACGCGGACUGGAUGGGCAGCCUCGCGCUGAGCGACAAGACGCGCGCCAUCGAGCUCUGCGUGGCCAACCUGGCGGAGUUCAGCAGCAUGAUUGCAGACCUGAUCUCCGCGGAGGUGGACGGGCGGCUGCUCUUUGCGUGCGAGGCAACGAGCGUGCACCACGCCUGGAUCGUCGGCUCGCUCAACUCCGCCUACCGCGCGGUGGACGAAAUCCUGUGCCGCGAGGGGCUCGUCGAAAAGCGCAUCGAGCUGCGCAACCCGUGUGGGGCUCGUGCGACGAGUCCGUCGCGGAGCUCGACGGCAGCCUCCUCGGGCCUGCACUUGAGGCUAGGGGGAGGCGGGACCGGGACGGCCGCGGGUCGGUGA